CGAAUAAUUGAAGCUCUCAUUAACAUCCACAAAACCGGCGUCCGCCACGGUGACUUCGCGGAACGUAACGUUCUCAUACGUCAGCAUCCCACCACCAAAACCGAGUUCCUAAUACGAAUCAUCGACUUCGGCAGUUCUCAGCUACACAAAUGUGGAUUCGAAGGCGAAGUCAUUGAGCACAAUGGUCUGCAGCCUGACGAGAAGGAAUUCGGCUGCGAUGAGCUAUAUGAAGUUUGC